ACAUAUUCCAAACACAACUGUUCAACGAACAUCAACUCAUUUAACUAAACUCCUUAUUCUAUAAUAAACUCAAAUUAAGCAAGAACAUGCGUGGUUUAAUUAUUUUGUGUUUUGCUGCUUUGGCUGUAGCUGCUCCUCAAGGCUAUAACUAUCCUAGCCAGCCAAGUAAUCAAUACUUGGCUCCUGGUGCUGGCUUUGAUGGCCAUGGUGCCCAGGGUUACCAACAACAGGCCUUGGUGUCCAAACGUUUCUUCAUACACUCAGCCCCUGAAGAUGAAGAAGUCGAAAUCCAACAAAAGGAUAUUGUCAUCGGCCAACCCCGUAAGAAUUUCAAUGUUGUCUUCAUUAAAUCACCUGCCGCUGCUGCUCAAAAAACCAAAAUCCGUGUCAUUCCCGCCGUUAACGAAGAUAAGACUGUCAUUUAUGUUUUGGCUAAGAAAGCUGGUGAAAACGAAAUUAUCACUCAUGUUGAAGAACCCCAUACCACCACUGCCAAACCUGAAGUAUUCUUCAUUAAAUACAAGACCAACGAAGAAGCUGAACAUGCCCAACAAACAAUUCAAGCUGAAUACGAUCGCUUGGGUGGUUCUACUGUCAUUUCCAAUGAAGGUAUUGCUCCAGUCUCAUCGGUUAUCGGUUCAUUAGAUGGUCAUGGUGCCAAUGUAGGUGCUGGUGUAGAUGCUGGCGCUGGUUCUGCUGGUCAUGGUGCUGCAAACACAGCUUAUUUGCCACCCGUGAAGAAACACUAGAAAGGAGUUUAUUUAGAAAGUAGUUUGACCUUCGGUCAUUUGAACUGAUGUGUGAUAGACUUUUUUGUUGCCACAGAAUUGUUAUUUAGAUUUUAUGUAAUAAAUGUUUGUGUAAAUUUGUUAA